CCAGCGUAGGUUGCAGGGAUCGCCUGGGAAUUGCAGUCAGCCGUCUUUGUGCCAGUCUGCGGUUGCAGAGCAGUAGAAAGGCGGAAUGACGUGCUGUGAGCUACACCCUCGCGUGAUGACGCCAGAGGACGAGGCGAGGGAGCUGGAGGGGGACCCGCUGGACUGGGUGCCGCCAGAGGAGCUGCAGCGGUGCAGUGAGGUGGCGGCCUUCUACGACGGCACUGCGGUCCUCCUCACGGGCGCCACCGGCUUCGUCGGCAGCCUCGUACUCGAGAAGCUGCUGCGCUCCUGCCCCGGCGUCUCCGUGGUCUACGUGCUCGUCAGGGACAAGAAGGGCGUGCCGCUGCGGGAGCGACUGCGUUCUCACCUGGAGACAGUGAUCUUCAGUGAGGCUCGCAAGGCCUGCCCGGACUACCUCCGUAAGGUGGUGCCCAUAGCGGGCGACUGCACUCAGCCGGGACUGGGGAUCAGCCCAGAUGACGCUGCCGAGCUCGCCAGCAAGGUGUCCGUGUUCUUCCACGUGGCCGCCACUGUGCGGUUCGACGCGGACCUCCGCACCGCCACCGUCACCAACGUGUCCUCCACCUGCGAGGCCGUUGCUCUCAUGAAGCGCAUGAGCAACCUCAAGGCUUUCGUCUACAUGUCGACGGCAUAUUCGAAUGCCCCCAGAGACGAAAUAGAGGAGAAGUUCUACCCUCCAGGACUGAAGGCUGAAGAGCUACUGAAGCUGAUCAGGAUCAUGGACGACGAACAACUGGCGCAGAUACUCCCACUGCUGCUGGGUGAUUGGCCCAACACAUACACCUUCACCAAAGCAGUCGCCGAGGAUGUAGUACGCUCUGGUGGUUCUGGAUUACCCGUCUCGAUCAUCAGGCCUUCCAUUGUGUCGAGCACGUACCAUGAGCCAUUGGCCCUGUGGGCAGGCAACUUGUACGGCCCCAAUGCCAUGGGUCUCGGUGGUGCUGUGGGAGUUUUACACGCCAUGUCUAUCGACAGCAACGCAAUGGCUGACGGUGUGCCCGCAGACAUGGUAGCCAACGCAACCAUCGCCUGUGCGUGGGAGACCUGGUGCAGACACAGCAAACGAACUCUGAUACAGCAGGCAUCAGCUGAACCGGGCAUCUUCAACUGCGUAUCGACACCACGCCAUCCCAUAUCCUGGGGUCAAGUAAUCAACUACGCACAUCAUGGAAGAAGUUUUCCCAGCAUAAGAAACUUCUGGGUAGCUUACCUCUUUAUGUUUAAAGCGAAAUUUGGGUAUGUUACCGGCGCUGUGCUCUUCCACCUAAUUCCAGCUAUCAUCGCAGACACUUUUCUGUAUCUCAAGGGAAUCAAACCAAUACUGUGGAACAUGUACUCGCGUAUUCAUGGGGCCUCACAGGCUCUGGAACCAUUCACAACUAGAGAGUGGACGUUCAAAGAUGACAACUUUGCGUCCCUCCUGGGCCGUAUGGGUGCAGUCGACCGCAAGCUCUUUCCCUGUGACAUCGUAGACGUCGACUGGGAAUGGUUCAUCAGCAAUACCAUGCGUGGGUUGCGUCUUUACCUUCUGAACGAGAGCUUUGACACCUUGGAGGCAGCAAGGAAAAGAUACCGUCGGUUAGUCGUCGUGAACCAGACACUGGUCGCCACAGGGAGCGCACUGCUGCUGUUCAAGCUGUGGCAGAUCCUCGUUGCCCAGAUACGACUGUGACUGGCGCGCGGCUACCUAGCGGCAGCGGCAAACUCUGAAGUUCCUCCUGCCCAGCCCAUCCGUCGUCGGGCACAAACUAUCAUUCUCAACACCAAUGUCGUUUUCUAAUCCUUAACAUCCUUACCUGAGCUGUUACAAGGAAAUUCUUUCAACUAUUGUAUUUCUAUAUUCCAAAUGUAAAUCACAAUAACUUCAUUAAAUUUAUUCAUUUAAUUACUUA